UUUAUAAGUUCUAUGAAAACGGCAAGCAAGCGAGGUGAAUUGUAUUAUUGUUAAUAUAAAUUAAAAAUUGUCGUAUAUACAUAAGUAUAAAUAAGAACGCUGAUAUUGUCAACUUAGAGGCAGUAUACUAACUCCCAUUGCUGGAGUCUCGGAGAAAAAACCGCAACAAUAUUAACAAUAACAAUUUGGGUAAACUGCCGUGUUUGGUGGUAAAAUCAAAUUUUUCAUAAUAGAGCAACGAGUGAAAAAGAUGUCCCACACCAUUUUAUUGGUCCAGCCCGGAGUGCGUCCGGAAACACGUACCUACUGCGACUAUGAGAGUGUCAACGAGUGCAUGGAAGGGGUAUGCAAAAUCUACGAGGAGCAUCUGAAGCGCCGGAACCCAAACACUCCAACGAUCACCUACGAUAUUAGCCAAUUGUUCGAUUUCAUUGACACAUUAAUAGACAUCAGCUGCAUGGUAUAUCAGAAGAGCACCAAUACCUAUGCGCCCUACAACAAAGAUUGGAUCAAAGAGAAAAUCUACGUGCUGCUGCGUCAGGCGGCUUUUAGUCCAAAUGCUUAAGGACAAUACUGAAACCAAAAUCAACAGACUAUUACUACACACACACACACACACCAAACACACACACCCGCACACACACACACACACACACACACCGAACUAUUAAUAUUAAACGUAUAGAUAAUAGUUGACAAAACCGCAAAACGAGUAGAAAAACCAGAAAUUGAGGAAUACAAUGUCAAAAAUAUCGGGAGAAGUGAAACUUAUUUAGAAAUCGAUCUUAAACAUUAUACACACUCACUCACCCUUUAUAUAUACAUACAUGAAUAUUUAUGUAAUUUAGUCAUAUUCGCCACAAAUCUCUACAUUUAUACAUUUAAUUUUUUUUAUUCUGUCCGAGUGUGCGAUCGUUUUCAAAGUUCUUGAGAGGAAAGUCAAUAUAAUGUGAAACACUUGACAAAUGCGAGAAAAACAAAACAAAAAGAAUGAAAAGAAAACAAAUGGAUUCGUAAAUGUAAGCAACCAUUUACAUUUAAUAAUAAUGUAUGAUGUAUAUACACUUAACUAAA